GGGUUCGAGAUUAUUGGACAGGUUUCUUGGAUACAUUUCCUUUGUUUUGUACAGAAUAUGGCUGCCAUAUUUAGCUUAGAUGUAUGUUUUCGAAUCAAUUGUAGAAUAAUCGUGAAAUACAUGGUGUUAUUGUAGCCGUGGUGGUUUAAAUUGGUGAAAAUAUUGCGCGGAUAGUGUCGGUUCUAUUAUGGACAAGAUAAAUUGCAGUGAACGUUUGUUUUUCGCCAGAAAAUGUUUGUGUUUACAUCGGUGAUUGAAACGUUCAGUUUGAAUUCUGUCAAUCUAAGAAAAAAGUGAUCUGGAAGGCGAAAAGGAAAACACCGAGGGAGGGGGUGGGUUUUUAUUGCAAAAAGAUGGAUACAACGAAUUGUACAACUCUGCAGACAUGAGCGUUUGUUUAGAGACAACAAAGGUGCUUACGACACCGGCGGUUACCUUAAAUACAACUUCCUCCGAGCUAGCUGAAAAUGAAAAACCACAAGUAUCUUCGAAAAACAUCUCGAAAAUUUUCGUUGCAAACCCACAACAAGGUACAGUGACUUCAACAACACAAAUGAAGAUUGUAAAUUCGCCAUUGUUGACGAUGGUGAAUACUGGUCAAGGGCCGAUAACCGUAGUAAAAUCGUCUUUAGCUAAUUCAUCGGCAACUUCACACAUUACACUUGUAAAUUCGACGACUUUAAAAUCGACUCCAACAAUAACUUUGGUAAACGCCGCUCCGAUUACAGUAGUUAAAGCGGUCCAACCAACCAUACAUUCAGGUGUUAUUAAUUCUGAUAACAAUAAGAUUGAGACAGUUAAUAACGGAACUGUGCAACCUUUAACUGAAAAAGCAACAUUACACAAUGUAUUUGUUAAGAAGAACCAUCCGGUUGGCGAACAAGACGUUGUUGUUCCGCAAAGCCACAAGUUGCUUACGGCGAAUUCGUUUCCUUCCACAAAUGUGAUGCAAUCAAAUUCUGGUCAGUUAUUAAAAACGGUGAACGGUCAAAGACCGGUUACCGGAAACAAAGUAAAAAUACUUAGCAAUGUAAUAAUGCCCAACGCGAUGGCGGCUGGUCCGAGUAACGUUUUAUUAAACAAAAACACAAAUCAAAGGAUAUUUCAACAAAAACCGGUCGGAAAUGGGGCCACUAAAUAUCUAAACAAACCAAUAGCGAACGUUUCAAAUAAACAAGUUUUACAAAAACCGAUUUCCGAUAAACCGCAACAACAAAAAAUCAUUUACGCCGGCCCAAAGAGUCAAAUAAAAACUUUAUCGACGUUUAAUUAUGCUCCCAAUAAACCUAACUUAAAAGCUUUGAGUCCUCCAAUGAAACAAAACGCUCUCCCAAAACCCGGCCCGUCGCGGCAAAUCCCGCCACAACAGCGCCAACAAAGACACGUUCCUGGAAAACCGAAUUACAUUGGAAAACACGCCGUUCAAGCUCAAAAAUUAAAGCAACCGCUUCCAAAGAAGAAAGCAACCCCGUUUAUACAUCAAUAUCAAAACAGACCGACGACAACUAAUCAAGUUACUUUUAAUCAAGCGCUUACGGCUCAAAUUUUGGAAACGUUAGGUACGAAAUCGACUUACGAAUCAAUCAGAUACGAACCAUCGUACUUUUCAGAACCGCGUCCUCAUCAACAGGAAACGCGGCAGAUAGAGUACAAACCUCAAUCGAACUUAGACACCCUCUCGUUCGUUUGCCAAGCAGUGUUAUUGGAUCAUAACUAUAACGCUACUUUGCCAAUGGACUCGCCUGUGCCUCCAAGUCCGAAUCCAAGCACACCCAACGGCGUUGGUAUGUCUUUAUAUUCACCAGGCAGCAGCAAAAAGCGGUUAUUUAAUUUGACUCCAACAAAUCAAUCUCUUACGAGUCUUUCAAGCGCUUCCCUCUUACAAAGCACGGUGAGUCAAGAUGACGAUGCCGCUUCUGAUAUAAGCUGCGUUUCCGACCGGAAACCUGAUACAGAAGGAGAAGAAACCGACACGGCUCCGGAAGCGGAAGCAGUCGCUAACGACAACGAUCAAUUUGAUCGUUACGGUGAUUACGUUACAAGGUGUAUUUGCGGAUUUAUCCAUGACGAUGGUUACAUGAUAGAGUGCGAUCAAUGUAAAGUCUGGCAACAUGUUCGAUGUGUUGUUAAAACGAAAAAGGUUCCCGACGAUUAUUUGUGUGAAGUUUGCGAUCCGUCCAAACCAACAGACAGACAUAAAGCGCGGACCUUACAACAACAAUGGAUGAGAGAGGUGCAAGAACGCGACGCAAAAUUAAGAAAAGAACAGUUAAAAGAAGUUUUAACGGAUUCGGAUUCAUCCGAUGGCGAUCAUCCCUCGAUUAACAACAAUAUCACGCUUGGAAAAAAUCGAAGGAAAGUUGAUAUUAAACAAAGGCAGAGGCGCGAGAGAGAGAAAAGACAGUUAAAACGGAAAAUAACUAAACGAAAGAUGAGAAGUCAAUGUAAAACUGGAAGUGGUGAUGAUGAAAAAACUCAUCUUCCUCAGUUGCGGCAGUGGAUUGAUAAUUACGAGGAAGCCGUUACUAAUCAUUAUUCACCUGAAUUGCGAGCUAGAAUUAGUAAUAUUAGGAUUAAUGGGGCUCAUUCUGAAUUUUCUGGACAAGUUGAUCCGCAAGUACAAAGAUGCAAACUCGAAACAAACUCAAAUGGCACAAAAUGUUUAUUAACAACGCUGGAUUUAGAUGCUGGAACUCCCAUAAUCGAACUUCGUGGCAAAUACAUGCUGUCAACGCAACACCGAACAUCAACGAAUGUUAAUAAUUUAACGACGCGACAACAACGACCCGGUCCGUUUUUAUUUUUCUAUCGAUUAAAUCGAGAUAAUACUGAAGUGUGUGUCGAUACACGAACGUAUGGAAACGUGGCCCGAUUCGUCCGUCGAUCCUGUCAACCGAACGCGGAAUUGAGGCAUUGCAUAGAGAAAGGCGUCCUACAUUUGUACAUUGUGACAGCGUCGGCUGUCGAAAAGGAUGUGGAAUUAACGAUUAAGCACGAAUCUCACGACUUGGUCGCGGCGGUGAACACGACGGCGGAAGUGAGUUGCGCGUGCGGUAAUCCGGAAACGUGCGCGUUAAAAUCGCAGUCUCGAAAGAAUGGGAUUCAAGUCCCCGGCGAGGUGAAUCUGCACAGGAAGCGGCGCGGAAGAAGAACGAGUUCCACCGUCAAUUCCGACACAAUUAAAGUUAAAGAAGAACCUCCACCGUCUUUACCACCCGAAAAGGAAGAAAAUGUAGUGGAAGAAAAAAUAGACGUCAAAAAAAUUGAGGUUAUUAAAAAAGUUGAGGUUAAAAAAGAAGAAAUUGAAAUUGAGGAGGUUAAAAUUGAAGAGAUUAAAAUAAAAGAGGAAAUUAAAGAGGAAGAGACUACAACAAUGGUUGAAGCUUCAUCUCCUCCACCUCCACCACCUCCUCCCCCCGUUGUUAAUCGAAGAUCAUCAGCAAAAAGUGAUCAUGAAGAUCGAAAAGAAUCACCCGCUCAAUCCGAUGAAAAAGACAAGAAAAAAUUGAGUCGUGAGGAAAGAAAAUUUCAAGCAAUUAUGAAAGCGAUUGAAAGAAUGGAAAAACAAGAACAGCGGAAACAAGAACAUCAAGCAAAACAAGCAAACCGAAGAGAAUCGGAACCUUUACCGGGUGGAAAAGACGAAGAAAAAAAUUUGGGACGAGGAAAACGACGGAAACGGAAAGGCCGAACAAGAACAUUAAGCACAAAUUCGCAACAAGGUAGAAGAAAUCGUUUAAAUUCCGCGGAUUCGGCUCAUGCGACAUCUAGUGAUGAAACUUUAUUAUCACCGAAUGAUCAAAAUAUCGAUCAGAGUUCUCCGAGAAAAGCAGCUGGUCUUCUUUUGGCAUUUUCAAAUGGUGAUGGUUUAAACGAAACGAAAUCUUGCUCCCCGGAACAAGUUGGUGAUAUCGAUUCAAAUUCAAAUUCUUCACCCGAAACACCACUUUCGUCGGCUUGUCUAUUAGUUGCAGCUGCAGUUGAACCUUUAGAACCAGGAUUUAAAUUUCCAAAAACAAAAAAGGGGUUAAUGAAUGAAUGGUUGAAUAAAGGCACGGAACAACCACCAACGGUUAUUUCACCAUCGUUAAGUAUUACACCAACAGAGAGUGUUUAUGAUACUGCAACCGGUUUUUAUACCCCAACCAAAAACUUAGUCGCUUUAGCUCAAGCUGCAACAACAUUUUGCGAUAACGAUACACAACCGAGAGUUAACGCUAAAAAACGUUGGUUAAGGCAAGCUAUUAGCGAAGAUCAAUGUGAUAGUCCGAGUAGUAGCAGACCGGAAUCUCCUCCAAUUAGCAGCGAAACCUUGGCACCACCAAAAAAACGAAGACUUCCGCGAGAAUCUCUUUCAACGGAAAGUAUGGUUUCAAAGGGAGACGAAGACGACGUUAACAACGUUAACCAAGAAAGUAGCGAAACGGUCGAACCGGAAUUUACCGAGCAAAUUAAUACCCAGCCGACACAACCUUUAUUAACAGCACGGUUUGAAUCGAGUCAAGAAUUCGUGCGGAAAGAAUUUUCUUUGUUAGAUCCAAGAUUAUGUCGUGAUCGACAAAAUCCAUUAUUUAAUAGCGAGCAUUUAGUUGGAACGGUUGAGAAAACGUUGAGUUUUUUGGGGUUUCAAGAUAAUAAGAAACCGGAGGCUAUACCAACUAAAAGAAAGCUCUCGAUAACCGAAUAUCGUCAAAGAAAAAAGCUUAAUGUAAACGACAAACAAGACGAGGGUAUAAUUGAAGAAAUGGCCGCGGAGUCGCAGUCUCCGAAAAUGCUUCGGAAUCGGUCGAAUAGUUCAAGUUCGACUUCGUGUCCUACUUCGGACGAGGAAGUUUCCCCACCAUCGAAUCCACCUCAAAAAAUUUUAUCAGCUUUUAAUUCUGAACCCACCGAACUUGAACGUCAAAGGGAAAACGUCAGUUUGCGGCUUAAAAAAGCUUUAGGAUUAACGUUGGAUGUUGAAACUCGUAAAUCAGCGUCCAUUAAUGUCGAAACGAUUUUAAAACGAGACCUUCCAUCACCUCCGAAACCGAAUUUAAUAUUACCGCUUUCAUCACCGACGUUUCCGAUUCCGGGUUCCGGCGAUGUUUCAAAUGAAUUACCUCCGCUUCAAACUCCACCCCCACAGCAACAAAUUCAGAAUCAAUCAAUGCAAUUUCAACAAAUACAACAACAAAAAGUGAUACAAGAAGUCGAUGAUUGUGCGGUGUCUGAAAUUCCUUUGGAACAACCCUCUGAAACGACGAUUACCGUUGCUGAGGGUGAUGAAGAAAUGCUUGAAGAGACUCUUUCUGAUACGAUACGUUCGUCAGAACCUCCGGUGCUUUAUUACACCCCCGAUGAAGAAGAAAUGGAAAUGACAGUUACAGAAAGUGAUGGUAUUGAUGAUACUGAUGGUGGCAGUGCUAGUUAUGUGCCCCCUUUUAAUAAUCCAUUGUAUCCCAAUAGUAAUUAUACGAAUUACGGUUCAGUUAUAGAUGAUGAUGCGCCAUAUGAAGGUAGAAAUCCAUCUCCACCUCCAAAUCACGGAGAGGAUGUCCAUUGAAUAAGUGAAAUUAAUUUUAAAAAAAAUGAAAAGUCGUAGUGAUGAAAGCUUUAACACAAAAGAACCUGAAAAGAAUGAAGUGAAAGAAAUGGAAGAAAAAGAAUGUGUAAAUACACCCCCACCCCCCACACUUUGCCCCUUUAUUACAGAAUCUAAUCUUUUUUGUGCAAUCACUAAAAUUACUAUACUCUUUAGGUCUCGCCCUGUUUAAUUACUAUUUGUUUAAUUAGAGGUUUUUUUUUUAUUUAUGAAACGACGAAAUUAAAAUUGACCCAUUAA